GGCUUCAAGUGGUCCUGCAGCAAUAGGUGGACAGAGAAGGCCUAGAGACAGCCGUCAGAUGAGGAGGACUUCGCGUGGUGACAGUCUCGUGAUGCCGCCCGCUGUCAGGGUAUAGCUUGCUGGCGCGGCGAUGCGUGUAGCAACACUGAAAACACGAGACUCUUGACCAGGACGGUAAGAGGGCUGCUGAAGUGCAGCGCGGCGAUUGAUCAUCAUGUUUUUUCUCUCAUUCUGCAUUUCGCAUGGCACACAGGCACACAUGGAGGCGUACAGGCGUAUUCGACCACCAGCACACAGCAACAACAGUAUUUUACGGCGGCAACCUUUCUGGCUCAUCAGUACGGCUCACUUUUACCUUUCUUUUGCCUUUCCGGUGCCUGGAGCGGACGGCCCGGCGAGCGAGCAUUCGGCGGCAUGUUCUUUUUGGUGUACCUUUUCCCUUAUUUCCUUCUUGGCGCCUCCUUUUGGUCCCUGGAUUCUUCCGCUCGUCUUCACCUUUCUUGACAUAGGCGUCCCCGCUGUGGCGUUUGACGUGGCUCGAGCGCCGGUGGGUGCCGGCUUGCUCGGCUUUCUUUGGCAAUCAAGUGCUUCACGCGGAUCGGGAACGGUAAAGAAUGAACAAACGUCUACGAGUUGGCGAGUUGGCAUGAGAACAACCACCAAGGAUUUGUCUCCGUUGGCUGCAAACCUCACCUAUAUCGUCGCUGUCCGUCCACCAUCCGCUUUUUUCCUUCUCUUUCCUUGCUCCAGGAAGCAAUCUCCCGUUGGCUCUGCUGGCCGUUUUCUUGAGCUUUCGUUUCAUUUUCCCUUUCUUGUUUAUAUAGUAGCGUGCCCACCGAGGCGUCAUCUCGCUCUUGUUUUCAACCGGACGACUAGUGUCAACUUGCUCCUACUCGUCUUUGCUUCUCCUUUCUCCCCUUACCAACGGCUUCUCUUGCGGCCGUCGCCACGGGACUUACGAAAGAGCUUCCCUGCGCAUACAGCAGAUUUACGGGGCAAUAUCCCCAAUGGCCUGUAAACAAAAAUACGGAAGAAACAAAUCAGGAAGGAAAGGAACGGGUGUGAUAAGAACAAAGGAGUGCGAGCGGCCGGAUAUCGGCUGCCUCCGUGGUGCCGCACGGCACUGUAUGACGCCGCACGACUCGGAGCGGGACGGGACGGGACGGGACGGGGCGAAGGAGGUAGUGCAGGGGACUUUUGUCGUUGUAUGAUAUCCCGCAUAGGUUCUUGGGCAAUCGUGUGUAUUAUAUAGGCAGGGAGCAAUGGCUUAGGUAGUUUGCAUGCGGGAGAAAGCGAAGGUCACGCUUUCUUCCGUCUUAUUGCUGGUUUUGGGUCGGCUUGUUUGCCAGUGGGAUGCUAGGUAUGCAUGC